AGAAAAUUAAUCCCCAAUUAAUUCAUCGCUGAAGCGUGUGGCCGCGUCUCGCGCCGUUUUCAAGUGCUCUUCGGUCUCAUAUCAACCUGCUCUCUUAUUUUCGCUUCCCCUCCCGCCGCAAGGUCAAAGGCUCGAUGAGCUCCUUUUAACAUCUCCUCCAGGGCUGUGUUCACUUUUGACCGAUUGUGACCCUUCGUGUCAAAAUUUGCCAAGUUGCUGUGAAUGGAUUUUGAAUGAUUGUGCAAACCCGGACAAAGACUUGGCUUUGUGUUGUGCGCGUUUCAACAUAUUUUUUCGAACUGAUUUUAUUUCUUCUGCGUAUUUUUAACAGUGUAUUUGGACGGAAUCGGUAAAAAACACUGUCCUUUAUCGCGUUUUACCAAAUCGAGCUCUACAUUACUUUUUUCAUUUAUAAAAAAUUGGGUGAUUAUAAUUUAAUCUUAAUCCUGCUCAGAAGGCCUUUAAAUGUUUGCGCAAAAUUGAUUUAAUGGUGUUCUGUUAAGUUUGGGUCAAUCUAGGUUCGUUGUGAAUAUUUGAACCGUAUCAAAUUCGCACAUCAGUUUGAAUAUACAUAUUUGUGCCCUCUGUUAUGAGUUAAAUUUAUCUACCACUCGUUUUCUCAUCGACUUCGGACGUUUGCAUCGGGAUCCGAUACAUUCCAUUGAAUAUUGAAAAUUUUACAAAACUGAGUUAGUCGUUAUAAAUUGACUUUUGGACUAAUCUGAUUGGUGUUAAAUUCAGACGGUGUCGACGGACUGCGUUCAAAGUGUAAAAAUGUCGUAGAAUUGCUGACGGUUCGAAGAGACUUAAACGAAUGGUUAGAAAAAGUGACUGUUGACGUGUCGCAGCAUUCAAACAUGAAAAUGGAAGAGGAGCUCACGGAAACCCUAUUCUACGAUCCACGAGACUAUUACGAGGCACCUGCAGCCGAUUCUGCAUGCCCCUUUCGAUACAAAUUCCCGAAAAUUGAGCCGGAUAUAGGACUUUAUCGAGAACAGUUGAAUUUUAACGUGCCGAGUCCGAAAGCGACCGUGGAAAAUCCUGCGCCCUGCGGCAACUAUUUCGGUCGCUUUUCCGAGAGUGUUCUUUUCUCCCGGCAGGAAUUUCGCCCCCUCAACCAGUUUACCGGUGAACAGCAGUUGCAAUCGAUGCCAGCAGUCUGCUCCGACUUUGAUCAAAAACCAGCCAUUGAAUGUCUACAAACUCACGGUUUCUCUAACUUGGAGACAUCAUCCAUGCAAAAACUUCGAGAACUGGUCCCACCGCUCCAUAACAGGCCUGAAAACUUCUACGAUGGGCUUAGAAGAGAUGGAGAAUUUGGAUCCAGUGCUAAUAAUCUUAAAAAAUCUUCCGGCCGAAAAGUAAGAACGAAAAGAAAACCCAGGAUAUUAUUCACGCAGGCGCAGGUCCGAGAGUUGGAGACCAUUUUCAACAGCCAGAAAUACCUCUCAGCUCAGGAACGCGAGCAGGUGGCGGAGCGGAUCAACCUCACCCCGUCUCAGGUGAAAAUCUGGUUUCAGAAUCGCCGCUACAAAGCGAAGAAAAACAUCAGCGUCAAUCCGAGCGCGAGCCCUUGCAGUCAAUUGGUCGUUUCUGACCAAAAGAAGAACAUUUUUCCGCGGAAAGUUCCCGAAGUUCCGAAAACUAAGACGCCGCUCUCCGUCAUUCGAUUCGCCGUUCAACAGGAAUCUCCGGAGGGCUCAGGUUUCGCAGGUUUCCCUGAUUUUUCAUAUCAAAACAAUUUUCAAAGCUAUCCAAAUAAUAACUAUGCUGACUAUGAUUACGCAUGCAAUCCAUCCAUCGAUUCAUCUUUUGUCGAUACGAACCCUGCGUUCCAAGUCCCACACGUAAAGUGCUAGCUACUCUCAGCGCGUGGAAUUUCCCUGGAUGAUCCGAUUCUGGAU